AUGAAAUCUGGAGACUUGGUACUAACGAAAAUCAAGGGAUUCCCUGAAUGGCCUACGAGAAUCGUUGAUUUCUCACUAUUGCCUGAGCAUAUUCAACAACUGAAGCCCAAAUCUGUUUCUUCCGUAAGUCGUAGAGGUAAGAAACAUGUUAAAAAGUCCGAUGAUCAUGGCGAACUUGUGUGUGUCAAGUUUUAUGGAGACGAUGAAUGGAUUUGGUGUUCGACGAAUGAUAUGAAGCCUCUUUCGUACGAGCAAAUUGAUGAGUAUUUGGUGAAAAAGGGUGAGAUUCCUGAUAAGGAUGGUAGUUAUGUUGCUAAGAAGAGCAAUAAGAAUAUUCGAUUGACCGCGGCUUACAAAUUGGCUAAUAAUAAGGAAUUGUCGGUUGAGGACUUUGCAAAGUACGGGAGUCAAGGUAAGUUAGCUGAGGAGGAGCCGGCCGAACCAGCAGAGCCAGCAGAUGAACUUGAGGAGCCUGAGGAGCCUGAGGAAUCUGAGGAAUCUGUAGAGUCAGAUCUCGACAAAUCUUAUAAAGGACGUUCGAAGAAAAGAAAAGCCAAAUCAAGUACCCGUUCUUCAAAACGAGCCAAGAGGAGCUCAAAAUCACGUAAAAGUGCAACCAGAAAGGCCAAAUCAAGCACUAAAGUCAAGCCAGAACCCAAAUCUAAGCCAAAGGUAAAGCCUUCUGAGUAUGACGAUGACUGGGGUGAUGAUAUCAUCGAUACAGAAGUAGGAGUGGUGGAUAUUAGCACCAUUCCUGAUGGCUUAACGUUAGCCAAAGAGGUGCAAGAGACCAACAAGUUGUACAACGAACUCCGCGUUGAGAUUCAGACUAUUGUAUUACCUGAGAAGGAAGAAACUAUGACUUACCGGAAGAAAUUUGCCUUAUUAGGUCCACUUAUAGAACAGGUGGUGUCUUACGAUAGACCUACAGUAUCUUCAUUACGGUCUACCAAUUUAUACAGGGUCUUGACCAUCAUAUUGAAGAAGCCUGAAUAUCAGAAAGCCAAAUUCGUCAUCAAACUACGCAAAUUCUUGAAAAAUACUUUGGGAUUACAAGUGGAUGUGGAAAAACAUUGGGCAGAUGACUGGACUAAAGAAAUGGAUGAUAAGGAAGAAGAAGAGUUAAAGAAAAAACGGAUAGAAGAAAAGGUGGAGAAAGAACGGCAGAGAAGAGAGGCCAGAAAGAGUGAAUCUAGAGAGGUCAGCGUUGUACAGGAGACCAAGUAA